GAAUCAACGCAACUCCGCCCGUCUUGCUACCACUUUUUCUUUCCCUUUCUCUCUCUCUCUCUCGUUCUUUCCCACACACACAUUUCGUCUGGGCCUCAGCAGUAAGUACUACGUUACUAUUUCGUACUUUUUAUAUUGUUGUUAUUCGAGCUGUUGUCGAUUUCUUCUUCUCUUGUCGCAUGAAGAUAUAGAUUGUCUCUCUUCUCUGGAGAGGCAUCGCAGGAGACGAAAGGAGUUACGGCAGGAGCGCCCCCCCCCCCAAACAAAAAACGCACCGCGGUAUACAACGCCAGGCGCCGCGCACCGCGAUUGUGGACCCGAGUGGACUGACCUCUCUUUCUUUCCUACGUAAACACGUACACACAUCUAUAUAUAUACACACACACAUAGAGCUGUUGUUCUCAGUAGUUUCUUUUAUUGUUUCCUCUUCAAACAACAACAACAACAAAAGAGAGGCAACUGCUGUAUAACACCGGUCGCAUAAACGGAGUAAGCGAACGGAUAUAAAGUUUCUAAGAAGGAACGGAAAAACCGGCGUUGGACCUCUCAAAGUUGAUAAGAAGCCACUUCCCGCUCUCUUUCUUUUUUCUCCUUCCUUCUUCUUCUUUUGAGUUUCCAACAAAAAGUUGUGUCUUUCUUCGGUUAUUUAAGCUGUUAAAGAAUCAUAAUAAGGCGUCAUUGCAUGCAAAGCAAACAGAAAAACACGAGCACGCAUUAAGCACCUGGCUCCCGUGCACGUAAGCGAAUUUAAACUGACCUUUUGUUUUUAUGCUGUUCCCCACGCUGUCCGGUUUCACCGCUCACACCUUAAACAACUAAUACAUAUAUAGCGUUAGAAAAGGAGAAAGAAAGAAAAAAAAAACAAUGUCCGAUCGCAAGAUUGCUUCGGGUAGUGCGUACUACCUCCCCUCUCCCAUGCUUCUGUCGCAGAACCAGGGCGAGGAGCACGUAAAGUUUAUCGUGGUGAGCGGCGGGGUGUGCAGCUCCCUCGGCAAGGGUAUCACGACGAGCGCUACAGGGGCCAUGCUACGCGCCGCAGGCUACCGGGUGUGCAGCAUCAAGAUUGACCCGUACAUCAACAUCGAUGCCGGUUUAAUGAGUCCAUUUGAGCACGGCGAGGUUUACGUGCUGGAGGACGGCGGCGAGGCGGACCUGGACCUCGGCAACUACGAGCGCUGGCUGUCCGUGCACCUUACCCGCGAUCACAACAUCACGACCGGCAAGGUGUACCAGAAGCUGCUGACGAAGGAGCGGGCCGGCGGCUUCCUCGGCAAGACGGUGCAACUCGUGCCCCACUUCACGAACGAGGUGGUGAACCACAUUUUCAAGAUCUGUGAGACACCGAUGAACGGGACGAACAAGCGUCCUGAGAUUUGCAUGAUUGAGCUGGGUGGGACGGUCGGGGAUAUGGAGUCGCAGCCCUUUGUCGAGGCGCUGCGCCGGCUGCGGUACUCCAUCUUGCCAGAGGACUUCUGCCUCCUCCACACGACCUACCUCCCCGUGUUUGGCGGGACGCAGAAGACGAAGCCGACGCAGCACAGCUGCCGUGCGCUGCUCUCGUUGGGCCUGCAGCCGGACUUUUUGAUCUGCCGCAGUGAGCAGCCGCUGGCACCGGAGGUGAAGAACAAGCUGGCGGAUCAGUGCGGCGUGCAGGCGAAGGACAUCAUCGGGGCGCCGAACGUCCCUUGUCUGUAUCAGAUCCCGGUGGAGUUUGUGGACCAGGGGCUAAUCGACCGCAUCGUGCACAAGCUGCGUCUGAGGCCGAGCGUGCCGCCGAUGGACGUGCCGACCUACGAAACCUUCAAGAAAUUCACGCAGAUUCUGCAGAACCCGGCGAACCCGAAGGUGCGCAUUGCGUUUGUCGGCAAAUAUGUCACGGGCGGCUCGGAUGCGUACUUCUCGGUGCUGCAGACCUUCGAGCACUGCCAGCUGGCACUGGGCAUCAACGUCGAGGUGUUCUACCUGGAGAGCGAGGAGCUGGAGGGCGCGAACGCCGAGGAGGCGAAGGCGGAGCUGCGGAAGUGCGACGGCAUCUUCGUCCCGGGCGGCUUCGGCGUGCGUGGUGUGAACGGCAAGGUGAUUGCCGUGGAGCUGGCCCGCACGCACAACAUCCCCUACUUCGGCGUCUGCCUCGGGAUGCAAAUCGCCCUCAUCGAGUUCGCCCGCCACGUCCUCGGCUGGACCGACGCAAACAGUGAGGAGUUCGACGCGACCAGCACGCACCAGAUGGUGCGCAUCAUGGACGCGGAUCGAGAUCGAAUGGGGGCUAACAUGCACCUGGGGGCGCGUGAUGUGCACAUUGUGGAGCCGAAAUCGACGAUGAGCACCAUCUACUCGGGUGCCAAAGUCGUGCUGGAGCGCCACCGUCACCGCUACGAGGUCAAUGCCAAGUACCUGGAAGAUUUGCGCAAGGCUGGUAUGACGAUCUCGGCCGUCUCGGACCCCGGCGCGGGGGACAACAUGCGUGUGGAGGCAAUUGAGCAGCCGUCGUUGAAGUUCUUCUUGGCGGUGCAGUACCACCCGGAGUUCGUGUCGACGCCGCUGGAUCCGUCGCCGCCGUACUUGGCGUUCUUCGCGGCGGCGGCUGGCAAAGCGGUGAACUGGCCGGCGGAGUGCCAAAGUCGCCGACUCGCGGCGUCGCAGCGUUGUGAGUAA